AUGCUUCUGGAUGCUGGACCGCAGUAUCCCGCCAUAGGAGUCACUACGUUCGGAUCGUCUCGCCACCACUCCGCGGCCGAUGUCACGGACAGAGAAGUGGGGCUGGGAAUCAACCCCUUCGCCGACGGCAUGGGCGCCUUCAAACUCAACCCCGGCGGCCACGAGCUGGCCUCGGCCGGGCAGACCGCCUUCACCUCGCAGGCUCCGGGCUACGCGGCGGCGCUGGGGCACCACCACCACCCGCCCCACGUCGGCUCCUACUCCAGCGCCGCGUUCAACUCCACCCGGGACUUUCUGUUCCGCAACCGCGGCUUCGGGGAGGCCGCGGCCGCCAGCGCCCAGCACAGCCUCUUCGCCUCCGCCGCCGGCGGCUUCGGCGGCCCGCACGGACACGGCGAUGCCGCGGGACAUAUACUUUUCCCCGGGCUGCACGAGCAAGCGGCUGGCCACGCUUCGCCCAACGUGGUGAACGGGCAGAUGCGCCUGGGCUUCUCCGGAGACAUGUACGGCCGAGCCGAGCAGUACGGCCAGGUCACCAGCCCCCGCUCCGAGCACUACGCCUCGAGCCAGCUGCACGGCUACGGCCACAUGAACAUGAACAUGGCAGCGCACCACGGGGCGGGGGCCUUCUUCCGCUACAUGCGGCAGCCCAUCAAGCAGGAACUCAUCUGUAAGUGGAUUGAGCCCGAGCAGUUGGCGAACCCCAAAAAGUCCUGCAACAAAACUUUCAGCACGAUGCACGAGCUGGUGACUCAUGUCACCGUGGAGCACGUUGGAGGACCCGAGCAGUCCAAUCACAUAUGUUUCUGGGAAGAGUGCCCGCGAGAAGGGAAACCUUUCAAGGCCAAAUACAAACUCGUAAAUCACAUCCGAGUCCACACAGGUGAAAAACCUUUCCCCUGCCCUUUCCCAGGCUGUGGCAAAGUGUUUGCCAGAUCAGAGAAUCUCAAAAUACACAAAAGAACUCACACAGGUGAAAAACCAUUUAAGUGUGAAUUCGAGGGCUGUGACAGGCGCUUUGCAAACAGCAGCGACCGCAAAAAGCACAUGCAUGUGCACACUUCCGACAAGCCCUAUCUCUGCAAAAUGUGUGACAAGUCCUACACGCACCCCAGCUCCCUCAGAAAGCACAUGAAGGUCCAUGAAUCGUCCUCGCAGGGGUCCCAGCCUUCUCCCGCCGCCAGCUCAGGCUACGAGUCCUCCACCCCUCCAACCAUCGUGUCUCCAUCCACAGAAAACCAGACCGCCAGCUCCUUAUCCCCUUCCUCCUCCGCAGUCCACCACACGUCCAGCCACAGCACGCUUACAUCAAAUUUUAACGAAUGGUACGUUUAA